GCUAGAGCUUUAUCUUUUAUUAUACCGCGUUAUUCUCUCCAGACGCCUCCAUAACCACUACAUAUAAUUAAAGCAGUAAAAAGGAGUCAACAUAUAUCAGUUAAACUCUUCCAGUAAUUGUAAACCUCCAUGUGGAGAGGAUAUAAGGUGUCAAAGGCCGCCUGCUGGCUCCCACCCCAAGGUUCUCAAGACGCCAUAAAUUGCCUCAAAACACACACCAUCCACGCCCCGCCGCUCCCUGCAGUGCAGGAUGGAGCACCAGGGCCUGGCUGCUGCAGCGGCAGCAGCGGCGGCUGGUGUUGGCGGAGAGGGCCAGAAGCACUCGUUGUCACCGGUGAUGGAGCUGGAGGUGGAGCAGGGCAUGAGGACCAUUGGUGAUGACCUACACCACCACCACCACCACCAUGCUCACCACCACCCUCACCAUCACCCCCACCACCACCACCACCCCCACUCCCACCACCAGCAUCAGCAGCACCACCACCAGCAUCACCACCAGCAUGGGGGCCUGGCAGUGGUGGGGGGGGAGGAGCUGCAGCUGGGGGGCGAGGGGGACCAGGUAGCCCCCCAUGAGUUGGAAGACCCCCUGGGUGGCCCAGGGGAGGACCACCUCACCCUGGAGGGGGACAUGGGGGACAUGGACGGCAGCGGGGAGGUCCAGCGUGCACUGGGACACCAGGCAGCACUGCUGGAUGAGGCUUCGGAGGUGCUGGGGGGUGCCAAGGGCCUCAAGCUGUCCUCCUUCCAUGGUGGCGGAGGGCCUGGCGGGGGACAGGAGAUGCCUCUGGGGCCGGGAGCGCUGCCCCUGGAGACGCAGCACUACUAUGAGGGGCUGCAGCCGGCGCCCAUCAUGGUGUACGAGGUGCCUGCUGGUAACAUCGUGCCCUUCGACUCCCUAGUGCCAGUGCCGCUGGCCAAAGGCAUGGGCGGCGUCAAGGAGGGGGAGGGGGCCGUGGACCUGCUGCAGGGUGGGGUGGGGGAGGGUGUGUAUGCCCCAGCCCCCCAAGACGUGGCCCCGCCUCUCUACGUGCUGCACCAGCCACACAAGAAGGACGGGGCGGCCGGCCUGGACCAACCCGGCGAUGGCCUGGUGCUGGGGGGCCGGGAGGGGGGCGAGGGGGCCUUCCCCAGGGUGGGGGGGGACGGGGCGGCCAUGAUGCCCAUCGGGGCCGAGUUCAGCCUCAUCUCCUCCUCCUGUUAUGAAACCAACAUGGCCCAGCUGUCCAUGGCCUACCAUGGCUCCUCUGACACUGACAGCGAGGUGGCCCUCACCCUGGCCAGCCUGGGCACUCCCAAGCUGGAGCGCACCACCCUGGCCGCUGGCAAUGGCGGGCUGGGGCAGGCCUUCCAGGAGCUUGAGCCCCAGCAGCCACCACCAGUGGCCAAGAAGGCUGACUGCCCGCCACCCCCCCCACCCCCCCAGCGCCCCACACUGGUGCUGCGCAGCCGACGCAGCCGUGCAGCUAAUACCCACCACACCUCCACCACCACCACUGCCACUACUACAACCACUGCUGCCACCACCACCUGCUCUGUCACCACCACCUCAGCCACCUCCACCACAGCCUCCACCACCACCACCUCCAGGAGGCGCCGCAGCAAGAGAGACAACAAGGCUGCGGCUGCCAGCAUGGCUGCCACAACCAGCACCACCACCACCACCACCAGCGGUGGCGGUGUGGGGCUGGAGGAGAGCGGCGGUGGCAGUGGCGGCAGCUUUGUCAUACCCGACGGCAUCCUGGCGGUGCGUGGCGAGCCCAGCCCCGUGGAGGGUGUGGGGGCGGUGAACGGCAGCACCGGCAGCACUACCAACACGCUGCAGCAGCAGGAGGCACAGAAGGAGAACCUGCUGGGCCAGCUGCUGAAGGCCUCGGAGCAGUGUGAGCCGGCCUCCCUCAUCCCGGCGGGCGUGGUGGACGACGUGAUUCCCGCCGUGGGCUACCGCAUCAUGGACAUGACCAACCUGGGCGAGAUGGUGCGCAUGAUGCACCGCUGCCCCGGCCUGGGCACCAUUGUCAUCCAGGAGCAGGCGUCGCUCAGGGAGGGGGCCGUCUCGCAGCUCAGCGUCAUCUGCACCAGCUGCCAGGAGGGGGCCGUGUGUGCCACUAGCAACCGGGCGGCAGCAGCGGGGCCCUGGGACAUCAACGCCAGGGUGGAGCAGCUCACCAGGGAGUUCAGCAUCAAGGAGGACCAGCUGCAGAGGAUGCUGGAGAUACUUGGGAUAUUCUAUAGGCCUUGCGACCCUGCCCUCCAACCCGUCACACAGCCCAUGGAGCUGGAGAUGACCCCCGCUCAGAACAGCCCCAAGAAGAAGAGGAAGAAGAAAUCUGAGACCUCUCCGUCCGGCAAACCCAAGAACCUCGUCUGUACCGUCUGCAAACAGCGCUUCGUGGGGGUUAACCAUCUCAAGAAGCACAUGCACAGCCAUGACCUGAACCUGCACACCUGCCCAUACUGCCACGCCUACUUCAAGAAGCCAUUCAACCUCAAGGAGCACAUCAAGAAGCACCAGAACUGUAAGUACGAGUGCAGUCACUGCCAGCGCGAGUUCACGGACAAGUCAACUCUCCUCUGCCAUGUCCGCUCCCAGCACGAGAAAAGGUACAAGAUCGAGUGCGAGCUGUGCCAGAAGCGUUUCUACCACCGUGCGCACUACAACGAACACAUGCGCAUUCACACCGGGGAGAAACCGUACAUGUGUGAACUGUGCGGCAAGAAGUUCUCCUGGCACGACAGCGUCAAGAAGCACAUGCAGACACACAGCGCAGAGUCCAAGUACAAGUGUCGCCUCUGUGGGAAGUGGUUCAGGUGGCUUCAGGGCGUGAGGCAGCACCUUCAGUACCUCCAUAAACUGAAGAAGUGCGACAUUGAGGCUCAGGUUGUCACAGCGGCUACAGAGACAGCCUCCUCGGCCUUACCUCAGUUCCACCAGCACCAGACACAGCAGCAGCAACAGUCAACACCCCAACAGCAACAACAGCACCAACAGCAUCAACAACAACAACAGCAGCAGCCUCAGGUUCUGGCGCAGGAGGACAGCAGCUCAGCACCGAGAGAGUACCACACGCUGGAGGCCGCCGCGCCAAACGGAGACACAAGCGCCCAGCAGACACUCGACAUGUUCCAGGUGACGGAGGUUGAGGCCCAGCAGCAGGACAUGUUCCAGUACCACUAAGGCAGCAGACAGCAAGCACAGCAGAGGCAGCAAGCACAGGAACACUGGUGGCUAUGCAGGUUACAAGCCACCAAGGGAAGGAUUGAGAAGAGGAAGAAAUCGUCACAAAGCAGAAUAGAAGAAGAAAUGGAUGCAGUUAAAGGGAGGAAGGUUAAGGAAGGGAAGGUUAGCCAGUAAGGAAGCCACAGAAAGAACUCGUUACCUGUCCUCAUCAAGCCGUUCAGGUGAUAACGAGGUAAGAGAACGGUGCAUUAAGCAAAAAGAAAAAGUAACAUGGUGGUCGAGGUAGCGGGAUGUCCGGGGCCAUUAUUUCUCAAGUCGCGUGGUAACUCAUUUUCACUCCCAUGUGCCAGAACCUUUGUAAACUAUUAAAAAAAAGUACUAACUCUU